AAGGAAUGAAAAUAUCUAAUAGCACGCAAGAUCAAAAUGCAAAACACAUUUUUCAUCUUGACGUUGUUGAUUCUCUACAUAAGCAAUACUGUCAUUCUUUCUUGUAACAUACAAGUCUGUCUUACUUGGCAAGCUGAAAAAGAUGGAAUAUCUUUUAAAUGCAAAGUAAAUAAACUGUCAUGGAAAGUUAUGUUUUACAAUCCGUCGAAUCAGGAACUGGCCCAUUGCUUGACGCCAUUCCCAAUACCAGAAUGUUAUACUUCUCCUAACAACACAAUACAGCAAAGUCGUAUUACAAACACUACGAUAUUCAUCGUAAAACACCAUAUUGAGAGUAGUCUCAACGGGCAAUGGAAGUGCACUCAUGGAACAAAUGUUGACGAGGCAACAGUGAAUAUUACUGUUUUAAAAGAAGAAAUCUAUAAAAGAACAGAAACAAGAAGCAGAUGUUAUGAAGAGUUCUAUGCAUGGACGAUGUUAGGUUUCACCCUGAUUAUAAUAGCAAGCUUGUUAUAUCAUACACUUUUAAUGUUUUCAAAAAACUGCAGGAAGAUUGGUAACUAA